AUGGCGGAGGCUGAUCCAAAGUUCACGGAGAAAUGUGCACGAGAAAUUCGUCAGUUCAAGUGCGACCAGGCCGAUUCAUUCGAGGAUACUGUGGAAUGCCUAAGACUCAAUUAUGAGGGAUUAGGUCCUGAAUGCAAAUCAAUGGUAUUCUAUCGUGAGAAGAUCGAGGCUGUGGAUAAUACGAUGGACGAUGAGCUCCAGGUUGGAAUUAGCUUAGGGUUUCCACCGUUGAAA